AUGGCGGAGCAAAACAACAUGGAGUGUGAUAGCUACCUUGAGGUCGAUGACGCUUUCCUCAAAAAUCUGCCUCCUUCCAUUAGAAGAUAUACAUACCAAGGAGAGCAGCAAUUUUUUGAUAUCCUCAAAUCCGAAUCCGCUCUCUUCGAAGCCUCAUCAACUGGCAGCGAAUUCAUCCUUUUUCAUGCAAGCAAAGAAACCAUCGAAACCCUUUUCAAUCCGCCAAACGAAGAAUCUCCUAUCUCUAAACUUUGCACCUCAUUUGAUACCAUCGAGCAGCUCUUUCUAAUCACAAUGCCUUCAAACCCACAUAGCGCAGCAGUUGACGCUUUUAGCACUGUGAUUAAGGACUCCUUGACAUCAAUGGGACUAUCUUUUUCUCUCCAGGGAUACCCAAACGCAACCACUAGAGGCGUUAGCCGGGGCAAACAGCCUGACUAUGGCUGGGGCCCGAAAAGGAGAGCGCGUGGUGAACCUGAUUCGCCUUCUGUUACUCUGGAGGUUGCAUACUCAGAAUCAGACUCAAAAUUGAAUUCAGAUGUUCGAUUUUGGCUUAACCCUAACGAGGGCAAAGCCAAACUAUGUCUGACACUCCAAAUUCACAAGUCGCGCCCGGAAAUUCGCAUUGAAAAAUGGGAAAGGCAACAGGACCGAAAGUACCGCUCCCAGGUCACUUACAUCACAAAAAAUGGGGAUCACUUCAACGUCAUCCAUCAUCCCUUCACCAUCCCGUUCGAAAGCCUCUUCGGUCGCCAACCGACUUGCCCUAGAGAGAAAGAUAUUGAGUUCUCCCAGGGACAACUUGGGGAAAUUGCAGAUAUGAUUUGGGAAAGCCAGGGCUGGUAG